CCUGUCCCCUGACCGGGGAUCGUCUUAUUUUUCGAGGGUGACUGUAGUUAGUCCGAUACCGGUGUACCUGCGCACGUGCUGUUAUUCUCGUGGUGUCCUCUUCCGCUGUUGAAGUUAGUGGUUUCAAAAUCAUUGGAAUACACAAUUACCAUGAGAUGAGCGGCGUUUUUAAAGAUUUCUUCUUUCAUAAGUACCUGGUAUUCAUGGAUUAAAAGUUAUCGUCUGAUGCAUGUUCCAGAACUAGUGUUUGGAUUAGCACUGUGUGGAAUCAACAUUUUUUUUACUUAUUAUUGGACUAUUUGGAUUGUUAAAAUGAUUCGGCACUGGCAUUAGUAAUCUUCUUGCUAUGACAACGAAUGAAGCAGGUCUUCCAUUUCAAUAUUCAAGUGCCUUUUCUGCCAUACAUGGUCCUAUUCCUGUAGAUCAGCACACACAUGAAGGUCGUUACAUCUUCGACCCUCGCUUCCACCACCUCCAUCCUGGAGCUGCAGGAUUUGCGGCAGGUAACAGUAAUGCCAAUUUACCUGAUAUCAUGCUUGCACAAAGAAGAGCUUCCCUUGGAAGCAAUCAUAUGGAAAGUGCUAUGCAUUUACCUUACAGACUUGGCCCUUACGAAUCUUUUUAUGGACCAUUACCACCAGGUCCGGCACCACCUGUGCCACAAAUCGGUGCGAUGGAAAACAGAGAAUACUUGCAUCAAAUGGCAGCUUUAGGCCAGAGGUGCCUUAUUGGGGAUUGCCACUCCAGUCCACACCAUCAUGAAUCUCUGCUCACUUCUGAUGGUUCCCAUCUAGCCAGUCCCAGACCUCGUCAUGGUAGAAAGAGAGCACUUUCGAAUUCUCCAUAUUUGCCAGAUACUUUGGAUCUUGCGGCUGUGAUUCGUUUUUCUCCCAAUUCCUUAGCAUCCUAUAUGAAUGGAUCAAGGAGUUCAAGCGCCAGUGGUUCCUAUGGUCAUCUUUCUGCUGGUACAUUAAGUCCUGCAAUGGGUGUCCCUCAACAGCCAACACAUUUUCAUCCGUACAUGAGGGGGCCAAUGAUGGCUGCAAGUGCCUUUCCUCACCAACAAAUCUUAGGAGGAUUCAGCCCUGCCAUCCUCACUCCAUCUAAAUUGGAAUCUGUGCCUGAUUCCUCUGGUGGUCGGGAAACUGCAUGCAAUAUUGUCAGUAGUACCGUCGAUGGGGAGGAUUCUCGAAGUAAAGUCAAAAAAGAGUUUAUGAACAAAAAUUUUCUCCAGGAAGAAGAAAAGGAAGCUGGGGCUGAUAUUAAGGAUGAACCUGACUUUAUUGAAACGAAUUGUCAUUGGAUCGAUUGUUCCAAGGAAUUCUCAACCCAAGAAGAACUUGUGAAGCAUAUUGGUGAUGAUCACAUUCAUAGUAAUCGAAAACAGUUUAUAUGCCGAUGGAAGGACUGUUCCAGAGAAGAAAAACCUUUCAAAGCCCAGUAUAUGUUAGUUGUCCACAUGAGGCGCCAUACUGGAGAGAAACCCCACAAGUGUACUUUUGAAGGUUGCUCCAAGGCUUAUUCUCGUCUGGAGAACCUCAAAACUCAUUUGAGGUCUCACACAGGAGAAAAACCAUAUACCUGCGAGUUUCCUGGUUGCACCAAAGCUUUUAGUAAUGCCUCAGAUCGAGCAAAGCAUCAAAAUAGAACGCAUUCAAAUGCCAAACCCUAUGCAUGCAAAGCUCCUGAUUGCAAUAAGAGGUACACUGAUCCUAGCUCAUUGCGUAAGCAUGUGAAAAAUGUUCAUGGACCAGAAUUCUAUGCCAAUAAGAAACAUAAAGGUGGUGACAGUAAAGAUGGCAAUAAGGAUGGUCAAGCUGAUGACAACUCUGGCAGUCCUAAUAGUAUGCAGGGUAGUCCUAAUUCUGACAAUAGCAAUUUGACAAAUCCUGGAAGCAUGUCUAGUGCAAGCAUCAAAUCUGAGGAUUCACCUACUGGUCACACUGAAGAAUCUGUUGAUGAAGGUGGCCCUCCAAUUAGUGAUAACAGUAUAACCACUACUAGUAGACAUGUCGAGGCCGACUCCAUCUGGGAUGUUGCAGAAAUACUCGAAGAGGGUUUGGAAGAGAAUAUUGCCUUGGCUUCCUGUGCAGUAGGAGAUGUUAAAGGCGAAGGGGCCAGUAGAAAUUCAAGAAGCCGUUUCAAGAGCCGAAUUCAAGCUCGGUUGAAAACUGCUAGUUCUUGGUUUCCCAACUUUCUUCCUAGGAGAGGUAACGGUAAUAACAGAAGGCCUGUCGAAACAGUUAUACCUGUUCCAAAUCCUCAGUCUGUGCCAAAUGGUGGAACCAUGGCUGAUAAUGUUAAAGUACAAGAAAACUGUCAAAAUCCAGGUUCAGGUCCACAGACUUGCAAUACUGGUGGAGCAGACCCACCAAAAUCUGGAAGGCGUAACAGCGGUAGUGGAAGUACUGUUAGCUCUUUUUACAGUAGUAUGCAGUCAGAAGCCAGUUCUCAACAACUCAGUUCUACAAGUAGUAACACAGGUGGUAUUGUAUGCAAUGCUGGUAACAUAAAGGUUACUGGUUCAUAUGAUCCAAUUUCUGUAGGUAGCUCUAGACGUUCCAGUGAAUCUGGAGAGCCCUUACCAAAUGGCUUUGUUUCCCAUUUGCAUCAUGUUCAUACAAGAGCACUAACAUCGCAGCAUCUUUCCAACACAGGAAAUUUGAUUGUUCUUCCACAGAGUGAGUUGUUGGCUUCUGACUCUGAAGGGCUACCACCUCACGGUUGCAGAACCAUCCAUCCACAGCAGCAGAAUUGUGGCCAGACUACCAAUUCUGGCAGUAUGAAUCCUCCUAGGCCACUGUCUUCGGCCAUUAGUGCUAGAGGACUCCAUCCAAAUCAAAAUGUAGUUUUAGAAGAACUAGAAGAAGGAAAACCCAUUGAACAAAAUAAGAAUGUAAUAUUACCUGAUGAUAUGGUGAAUUACUUGAAUGAAGUUGCAGAACAAGGCCAAAGACCAGCAUCAUCUCUUAGCGAAGCAUUAACAAGUGUGAGCCGUUAUGUUCCACCACCUCCUAAAGUGCCUGUAAAUAGUCAAUGUAAAAGUCCACCGAGAGUGCCUUGUGGUAAUCAUGUCCCACAGAAUCAAACCAAUCCUCCAAAUCCAUCCAAUAACUGGUCAGGCUGUAAUUCUUGUUGCCAAAACUCUCGCAAUCCAUCUUGGGGACCUGAUCAUUGUUCACACAAUCAUAACCAUUCUAAUGGAGCAGUACCAAACCCACCACCCUGUUAUACAAAUACUGGAAAUCAGCCACAUCAGCAUCCUGUUCAGAACUGUCCAACUGGUGUGAAUGCAAAUUUACAGCCUCACAGCAAUUGUUCCAAUGUCCCAAUUAAUGCCAAUGUUAACAAAGUUCCAUAUAAUCAAAAUACUGUGCCUUAUCAAGCUAAUGUUCCUCAGACGAAUUCUAAUAAUCUCAUUCCAGUCAAUUCUAAUAGAAACAAUAAUUGCUUUCUGCAAAAUGACUAUGGAUCAACAGCAGAUAAUAUGUCAUCUCAAUCGAGCUGCGUGGAAUCACAACAAUUUGGCGGCAAAACCACCAGUUUCCAAGGAAGCUCAGUGUCACAAUAUCCUCCAAACAAUUCUACCAAUUCAUAUGUGGGAAGCAAUUCUCAAUCUUAUGGCAGUGAAAACCAACCAACACCAUAUCCUAGUCAGACUGGAAUGCAAACUCAGGGAUAUGGACCACAAAUCAAUUCACAACAUACUCAUAAUACUGCUCCAAGUUAUCCAUCAGACAAUAUGUCUAAUCUAAAUUCCAGUCAAAAUGGACACCUCCCUCAGAAUGUUCCUUACAAUUCUCAGAUACAGAUGAACUCCUCGUUUUGUUCUGGAGUACCUGGAAGUUCAAACUUGCAUGUCAUCCAGAAUCAAUCUGUACCAUCUAUACCUGUUAAUGUUCCUCAAAAUAAUAAUUGCUAUAAUUCUUCAAGUUGGUGUAAUAAUAAUACUCCAUAUAAUACGAACCAAAACCAACCAUACAAUGGAAACCAAAGCCAAGUAUUUAAUCCUAAUCAAAAUUCAACAUAUGGUAUGAAUCAGAGUCAUUCAUACAAUAUGAAUCCGAACCAAAUUUAUAAUUCUAAUCAAAGUCAAUAUUUUAAUCCAAACCAAAACCAGAAAUUUGGUUCUAACCACAGCCAGUGUUAUACUCCAAGCCAAAAUCCUGGAUUCAGUUCAAGUGCUAAUCAGUCUUACCCUGUUCAAACUCCAUUUAACUCACAAAACACUAUGUAUAAUUCUACACAAAAUUCAAAUUAUGGUGUUACUCCAAAUCCUUCUUAUAAUGCAAACCAAACUUCUUUUCAUGCAAAUCAAAAUGUUCCAUACAUGGCAAAUCAAACUUAUCCAUAUAACAAUGGAAAUCCAUAUUCUCAAGAAACCAAUCAUCCAAUCCCUCAAAAUCAGAAUAUGGUGCCUUAUUCGAAUCAAGUUACUAAUCCAGUUCCACCGGCUUGUAGUACAAAUGGAAUGCCCCAUCAACAGUGCAACAUGCACAAGGUUGGAAUGAAUGGACCUUGUGGUAACUCAUGCUCUUAUAGUAACCAGUAUCCUGUUAAUGCUGGCCAUCAAUUACCUACAGUGCCUUCACAGUAUCCUGCAAACCAGUGUGGAAAUAAUGAUAUGCUUUUACCUGUGAACAAUGUACAAAAUCCUAGUAGCCAUACUGAUCAGAAUCAACUUCCACUAUUGCACAAUGGAAAUGGUAAUCACUGUUGCAGUCGUAAUAUAGGAUCAUCACUAAAAGCACAAUGUAGUGCUUCCAGUGUGAGUGAAUAUGAUGAUAAGGAGUCAUCUGUAUCUUUGGCUAUUCCAUCGGUUUCGCAGAACUGCUCGACAACUGAUCCUAAAGAAAUUCAGUGCCAAAAUGUUAGCCAGUCUUCCUUAUCUGGAGAAGCUUACCAAAGGACUCUAAAAUAUGUGCAGCAGUGCCAAGAGAUAUUAAACAAGCAACAGCCAGUAGUUGACAAGGCUCCAGUAAAUAAACCACAGCCAACCAGUAUGUGCAUGAAACCUACAUUAAAUAAGCAGCAGCCUUCUACUGCAUGCAAUAAAAUUCUGCUGAAUAAACAACAGCCUUCUCCUGGAUGUAACAGGGUUAGUAGUAGUACUGAUAGACACAGUCCUUCUGCAAGCGGUCACAGCCCAUCGCCUCUGACACAGACCUCCAAUAUGGUCAUCAACGAUCUCAAUUCAGGGUUGCACUCAUUAAUUGAAGAAACAAGAUUUUUCCAUUUAAUGCACUGAAGUUUUCAAAAUUUUUUGUUAUAACAUUGUGAAAUUUCUAUUUUACUAUUCUAAUCAGGAGAUAAGUUGUUCAUAGGUAUUUAAAAUUAAAAUGGAAAACUUCAUUUGAAAAUUAAGAAUAAAUUUAAUCAAACAUUGAUUAGUUGCGGCAUGAUUAUAUUUGCUAUUUAGAUUUGGACUCAAGUUUUUUUCUCUUUUUAUCCAUUUUGACUAAAAAGGAUCAUUUGUGUUGAAUUAGCUUUUAGCAUUUUAUAUAAAGAAGUAAAAGUAAUUCAGUUUUUUCGAGAAAUGUGAUUUGAGCAUAAGUACUUAAAUUUAUUAAAAAGUAUUCGUAUGUUAAUUCUGAAAUAUUUGUAGCUUACUGAAUUAUACAUUGAUAUGUUGAUUCUAAACCAAAUAUGAACUGUAUCAGUAUUUUUGUCAAGUUUAUAAAUCGAUAAAAUAAAUUGAGAAAAUUAGCAUUUGCCCUAUUAUGUAUUUUUAUGCUAAAAAAUUAAAUGAAAAAUAAUUAUUUUCUCUUAGUUGUAUAAAUAAAAUAUUAUUAAUUUUAAAAUUAAUAGAUAACUUAAAUUUAUUUUAUCCAAAGAUUAAUUCAUAUAUUUUUUUUUAUCCAAAAAUCGAAUUAUAGUCUUUUUAAAAGUGAUUUAUCAGGAUUUCUUAAAUAUUUUUUCUUAACAGAAAACAAAUUUUCUAAAUAUUAACACUGAUUGAAUAUGAAUUGUUUUUUCAAUGCUGGCACAAUCAGGUGAAAGUAUAUGUAUUGCCAUAUUUCUGGAAAUCAAACCGUAAUUUUGGUGUUGUGAUUCUCGUAGUUCAUUUACAAAAAAUAAUAAAUAAAUAAACCCUAUUACUGUGGUAUCAGAAAACUUGGUAUUUUUUAGUUUGUAAAUUCUCAUCUUUAUUUUCUAUAAGAGGCCAUUUAAAAUUUUUAUGCUCACAAUUUCAAAAUAUAUGUUAACUUAGAAAGAUGUAAUUAAUAAAUGGGAGGGAGGGAAGGAGGAGCACUUUAAUACAGAUCUGCAGUAAAUUUCAUAUUAAAAAAAAACUGUGAAAGUCAGUGUUUAUUAUAAUUUUUGAAUGAAAACUUUUAUCUCAUAUUAAUUAAACUUUUCUACUCCAUUAAUUUUUUACUGAAAUAACCGAGAUAUUACUGAUGUUAUUAUAAAGAAUGUGUUGUAAAUAUCUGUAAUAUUUUAGAAGUGUAUACAAAGAAAGCAUUGAGUAUUUUAUAGAUCUUCAUUUAUACAAAGUGCCUUCUUAAAUAAAUGCCCAUUUGUAGGGGUGAUGCCACAGAAUUGCAAGUGGUUAAUUUUCUAUUAAUGUACCGUUUGUAUAAUGUUCCUAUUUCAAUGAUGAAUAUUUGCCAAACUAUCCGAAUUCGAAUCGCAUUGUGCCUAAACAUUUUGUGUAAGAAUGUUAUGUAAAUAAAAAGAAUGUGCAAUUCGACAAAUGUUUCCUUUUGAAAAAUGUUUCUUUACCAUUGUUUGUAAAUAUGUUUAUGUUGUAAAUAAAUGCUGGUUAAAACGA